ACAUGUCCACCUCAUUCUUCACGUAAUUUGUCACAUCCAACUUGAAAUUUAAAAAAAAAAAAAUUGUUUCGCGUUGGAAACCCUCCCCUCGCCGCCGCCCUGCCUAGUGCAAUCCAUUGAGUCAAUGGGCUUUAGGACCAUCAUCUUCUUCCACCUCCAUCCUGGGUGGCAUGAUGAAAUUAUUGGACCCCCAACAUAGAACUAUUCUGUCAUACCCAAGGGCACAGCUUCGGUUCUCUCCCAACGCCAAAGAAAAGAAUCUCCCUUGUGGUAUUUCACCCUCCAUGUCUCCCCAACAAUGCAAGCUACCAUCAAAAGAGAUAAUGCCUAAACCCUGCUACUACAAAAGUGUAAUUCCCACCAUGCGCAGGCACAUCAACAAUAACACUACUAUUGUUAACAAGACCACAAACGCGUGAAUUGCCACCGUCAAUUUGUUGAACAAGGGGUCCACGGUAGAUUCGCUUAUAGGGAACAUUGGUAGCAUUGGAAGAGAAUCUCCAACAGCCCAUGAUGGAGGUGGAAGAAGAUGAUGGCCCUAAAGCCCAUUGACCCAAUGGAUUGCGGCGCCACUGCGCGCCGCAUCGCGCUUCAACUUCUCCAGGAAGUAGAGGAUCUUUAGCUCGUUGCCACCGCAGUCGAGCACGUCGCCGACCUGGAAAACGGUGGCGCAGCCGCCUACGUAGCGGUCGACAGCAUCGAUGAGGUCUCUGAUGGCCACCAGGCGGGGCGGCAAGGGGAGGUGGGCGGCGGCAAGGGGAGGCCGGUUCAUAAAUUUCCUACACGAAACAAUUUUUUUUUAAAUUUCAAGUCUGACGUGGCAAAUUACGUGGAGAAUGAGGUAGAUAUGUGUACUAACAUGGCAUACACUAUUGAGUAAUGACAUGAAUGAGUUCACUGACUUACUGGGAAAUGAAUAAAAGUUUGUAUCUAAUUUGAAGCUUGCCAGGUUGAGAAAAACAAGACAGUGAAGACAUCAUAUUCUUCAUUUGCAAAAGACUCAUUAAGGAGUCGAAUAAAAGCAAUUGUUUUCGAAGAGAUAUCAAAGAAGAGGAAUAGACAUCAUAGAAGUUCAACCUGUCCUCUGGCUCCAAUCAACAUGAACAAGAAAUUGUUAACAACAUUUAUGCAAGAUCCAGUCUCUCCUUUGAUCUAUAACCUCCAUAAACAACAGGUGUAUGGUUCAAAAAAGAAACUAUCCAGGUCAGUGUCAUUUCCUCUACCUGAUUCAUCAUCAAAAGAACAAGGUUCUUGGGCUAUAGGCAAUAGUUCUCUACAACAAGGGAAAGGAAAGUUAUGUUUGGACAACAAAACACCAAAGUCAGUUCAAUUUGAACCCUCAAAAAAAUUUUAUGUGAGGUCCAUGUCAUCAGGAGCAAAAUGUUUCAAUGUAAAUGAAGCAACGAUGGUAAGAGAUGUUAAUUGUUCUUCAGGGUCUGCUCAGGGUCAGAAUCAGAAUGAAAUCAAACAAUUUAAGAAUCUGAAACAGAAAAUAGAGCAUGUUACCGGAGAAAGUAGGAAAGAAAAGCUCCGUGUUACUAUGGAUGCUGUCAUUCACAAACUUCCCCAAGGCCAUGGGAUUUCAGAUGAUUUAAAGAAGGAUUUUUUCAAGAAAUUGACUGAUCCUAAUAUUACUAGAGAAGGUGAAUACUAUCCUGAAAGUUGUAAUGAGAGUGAUCAAUACACUACUCCUUCAUUCACCAAGCAUCACAGGCACAACAUAAGAAGAAUCUGGUCUCUUCAAGAACCACUAGAAAUUUAUUGGCAACUCUAUGAGAAUAGCUUUAACACACAACCAAAUCACCUUCAAUCCGUGAACCUAAAAUUAAGAACGGAAGAGGCACGUUCACCAUUGAGGAUGCUUGCACCCUUACAAAGGAUGAUUUCAUUACCUGGUGAUCUCCAAUCUUUUUCUUAUGUUUAUCAGAAUUGGGAAUUUCCUGAUAUUUCAUCUGUGACUAAGCCAAUCACAGCUUCCGGGGAUGGAACUGUGAGUUCAGCGAAUAUUUCCUAUCAGAAAAAGAAGCUAGACCUUAAUUUAUGUUCAAAAAGUCAAAUUCAGUUAGAUACACCUGUAGAAAAUUUGAUUCAAAAACACCUUGUCGGUGUAGGUGAAAAUGAUUUAGUGAGUAGCAAUAUUGUUGAACCAGGAUCACAUUAUCGCAGUAAGAUUAAUGACAAGGUGGACAUGAUGAAAACUGAUGAUUUUGGACACUGCUGUUUAAAAAGUGGCGCCACUUCUAAUGACCAAUAUAUUGUGCCAAUAAAAGAAUACAAGACUGCAACAGCAGCAUCAGAUUCAAAAUCGAAUCCGGAACCAGGGGGCAAACUGGAUAACAUGGUUGAGCAACAAGAGGGUAUCGUGGAUUCCCUAAAAAGUGCUCAAAAGGUGGAGAUUGAAAGCAAGCAGUUAAAUUAUGAGAUUCCUCCUUUUGAUGUUGACACAAGAGACAAAGCUGAGUAUAAUUAUGUUAAAUAUGUACUUGAAAUAUGUGGACUAACAGGUAAAGAUUGCAUUUCAGCGUGGCAUUCUAGUGACCACCCAGUAGAUCCAUUACUCUACGAAGAAAUGGAAGGUGACCCUGAUUUUUGUAGCUAUAGCUAUGGUCGGUGUAACCACCAUGUGUUGUUUGAUUUAAUUAAUGAGACAUUGUUGGAACUUUCUGGGAGGUGUUACUGCUGCUGUCCCAUGCCAUUGUCACAAUCUCAUCCAAUGCCAAAACCAAAAGGGUGCGACACUAUUCAUAAAGUGUGGACUCAUAUGAGCAAAUCCUUCUGCAUGAGAUCCAUUGCUGGCCUUACAAUAGAUGAUCAUGUAGGUCGAGACCUAUCGAGGCGUGAUGGGUGGCUCAACCUUCACUUGUUUGCUCAGUGUGUGGGUUUGGAGGUUGAAGACUUAAUAUUUCAUGAUCUCCUUCAGGAACUAACAUGUGACUUGGCUUGAGUUUUAGCCACUUACUGAAAUAAUGUGCACUUUAUUAACUAUACAUUAUUUUUCUA